AUGAUACGAGUGCACAAUAACAAAGAUUAUUACCUCCAGAUUGAGACAGCAAUUGGGAACAGCCUGAUGAAGCAGCUCAUGUGUAAAGGUGAAGGAGAACAGUGUCCUGAGCUGCUGGUCAAAAUACCCUGUGAUGAGAAGUUAUCUGAGAAGAUACCAGACGAAUUCCUGAGUCUUCGGACCCAAUCCCAGCUGAUAGGAUGGCUUCUGAUAACUAGCAUCAUGACUCUGGCUCUGAUUUCAACAUGUCUCAGCCACUGUUAUUCCCUGAUGAGCUUUUUUCAGCUGAAGUUCUGGAAAAUUUACUUGAAAAAAGAAUGAGAGGUUUUUGAGACCAAGGCCAAAGAGCAUGAAACCAAGCUGGCAGAAAGAAAUGUGAAUCGCUUUUUUGAAGCCACUGACCCAACACCAUUUCAGACACCCAGCAAUGCAGAUGGGCAGCAGAUUUUAUCCUUGUUUACCUUCAGCGCUGAAGAGGAGCAUUACAGCAUGAUGCACAAGCAUGCUAACACAAAAUAUGGUGACAGUGUCAGAUUCAGUCCAGGAGAUCAGCACCCUUGUUUAGGAUUUGUGGAUGAAGCAAAUGCGAGUGAGCGAGAAUUUUAAUUAAACAAAUCCCUUGUAAA